UCUCUCUCUCUCUCUCUCUCUCUCUCUCUCUCUCUCUCUCUCUCUCUCUCUCUCUCUCUCUCUCUCUCUCUGUAUAUGUGGAGCUACGCAAGCAAGCAAUCAGGUAGAACAUUCCUUUCCACCGGCUCUUACUAGGCCACUGGUUUACAAUGCCGAUACGCGGCCGCGGGUUCGUCGCUUGUUUUGUAACCUUGAGAUACUACUGACGGUACCAAAAACGUUAGGUACGAACGCUAACCGGGACAAAACAAAAAACAUAAACCGAGGCGAGGUACAACCUCGUAGUGGAAAGUCUAAACAUGUUGGUGCGAUGAUAAAUUUCCGCGAAAACAACGGACACAAACCAACCGUGCUACUGGUUUGGGUACCGUGCUGCUCACUUAGUCUACAGACCUGCAAGCGACCACAAUGCAGCUACAGCGACGAUUUUGUCUUUUACUUGUUGGGGCGGCCUGUCUAGUACUGCUGGUGUCACUGCACGUGGAUGUGGUUCAAACGGCAUCGAUUUAUGCGCCGGAUUUCAACGACAGCAGUGCCCACUUCCUCGAUCAACAGCGAUCCUGUCGCGAUCUGUGCAGCUUCUGCCCAACGUGCAAUGGGUUCUACUGUGGGGAGGAGUGCAUCUGCGAGUGCAGUCAGGAUCCGACAGAGCACGCUAAGUGUAUCGACAAAAUCAAGGCCAACAGUGAACAGCUUGGCCUGGAGUACGAUCUGUUCAUCCAGCCGCCACAGAAACGAUCCACCCGUACCCGAUUCGGGCGGCGGGUUAAAACCACACCGGCCGAAACGAACGACAGUGGAAAGCUGUCCGGUUUUCACAAGAUUCUGUUCUCAAACUUUGCAACGGCUAAGAAGGUCACCGUGCCGGAACAGCCCCAGCAGGAGGCCAUCGGUAGUACGGUGAUGGAAGUGGCAUCGAGCGAUACGGCCGUCCAGGAGGAUCGGAUCGGCAAAGAUCCGCUGGAAAAGUCCGAAGUUGUGGAGCUUUUGUUCAACUGAUAUGGCUAGCACAAUCGAAAUGAAAACCGAACUAGUGUUAUGAUUAAUUCUUACUUUUAAGGAAUAAAGUUUUACAUUCA